AGUUACAAGGUUGAAGGGGCUGAGCUUCAUUUGUCGGAAGUGAAAUCUCAAUCCUUGACACACCCGUCUGGCACAUGUAAUCGAAGUCCAACUUGGACUGCGAGAUCAUUCGGUUAAGGCAAGAGCUUAGGUAUGCAAACAGCAAACAGAAAACAGACCCGCCGUUCACUAUCUGUUUCGAUGAUAACGCAACGCGCCGGUUCCAAAGAGAGUGUUCUCCAGUUGAUCUCUGCCUGUUGGCCAACAACAACAUCUGGCUCGGGGAAUGUCUUUGACCUGGAUUAUACUGCUUGGCCUGCUGAUCCUGGAAAAAAGCACCUUUGGGGUCCUUGCAACGGCAUCCCCGCACUAUCGAGUCCGCAGUGUUGUCCAUCCGAAGAUUAAAUCAACGAAUGUGGGGCAUCGAAGAAUACGCCGGACUGGGCGCGAAACCAAAUCAGUUGGAGCUGUCCCAAGCCUCAAGAAGGUCCAACAUGACGGAACGUUGAACACCUCUAUUUCAACAUCUGACCAGGCACAGUACAAUGUAUGGCAGGUGCUGAAAGCAGAUGGGAGAGCCAACCUCUGUGUGCUGUUCUUCACCAUUUACAUAAGCUAUCUGGUGUAUGUGCUUUUCUAAGUACUUAUUUUAUCUAAUCCUUAAGCUCCAGCCGCUAAAUAAACGGACACAGUGCGAAAGUAAAUUGGUAGGCCUCCGUAUUGAUUCACAGUUUGUUAUAAAUUUUUUUCACUCGAAAUACUGUGCCGACCUUUAUUUUCAAUUUGGAAUUAAAAU